AUGAUUUCCCCAAGUUUGUCUGUCCGUGUGCCCAAACGGGCCUUCCCCGCACUCCGGGCCCAGAGACAGUUCAGCUCCGCACGACCGAUGUGCAAGGAGAUCCAGGAGGCUUACAUUUUGAGCGCAUCCCGAACACCAACAGCAAAGUUCAAUGGUUCAUUCGCUUCCAUAACAGCACCGGAGCUCGGCGCUGUUGCGAUCAAAUCUGCCCUGGAGAAGUCGAACGUGCCCACAGAUAAGAUCACUGAUGUCUACAUGGGAAAUGUCUUGCAAGGUUCAGUAGGCCAGGCCCCUGCCCGUCAGGCAUCUAUCUUUGCUGGCCUCCCGGCGACCGUCGAGGCUCUCACCAUCAACAAGGUCUGCGCUUCUGGUCUGAAGGCAGUGGCACUUGCCGCACAGAACAUUCAACUCGGUUUAGCAGAGGCACAGGUGGCUGGUGGCAUGGAGAACAUGACUCGUGUUCCUUACUACAUGGCACGCGCCAGCCAAUUGCCUCCCUUCGGUGAGAUCAAGCUGGAGGACGGUCUGAUCAAGGAUGGUCUGUGGGACGUUUACAACAAAUUCCACAUGGGUAUUUGCGCAGAACAGACUGCGAAGAACUACGAUAUCUCAAGGGAGGACCAGGACCUCUAUGCCAUUCAAUCAUAUGAGCGGGCCCAGCAGGCUUGGAAGGAGAAUAAAUUCGCCGACGAGGUUGCUCCCGUCACCGUGAAGAGCAAGAAAGGCGACACCAUAAUUGAGCGCGAUGAGGGCUUUGAGAACCUACGCGCCGACAAAUUGAAGUCUCUGAAGCCGGCCUUCCUGCGAGAUGGAACAGGUACGGUUACAGCCGGUAAUGCAUCCACCAUGAAUGACGGCGCGUCUGCCCUGAUUCUGGGCAGCAAGGAGCUUGCUCGCCAGUUCGGUAACGGAAACCGUGCUCUCGCCCGCAUUGUUUCCUCGGCCGACGCUGCUAUUGAUCCCGUGGACUUCCCUGUCGCCCCUGCCAAGGCAGUUCCACUUGCGUUGGAGCGAGCCGGUAUUACCAAGGACCAGGUUGCUGUCUGGGAAUUCAACGAGGCCUUUGCAGCAGUUAUCAAAGCCAACGAGAAGAUUCUCGGGUUGGAAAACGCGAAGGUCAACAUGCUUGGAGGUGCCAUCUCUCUUGGCCAUGCCCUGGGUAGCUCCGGGUCGCGCAUCCUAGUCACACUGCUUCACCAGCUCCAGCCCGGUGAGUACGGAGUGGCUGCAAUUUGCAAUGGUGGUGGUGCUGCGACUGCAAUGGUCGUGCAAAAGCUUGACAGAGUAGACUAG